AUGCAGCUCACUGGAUACUCAGUGCGUCACAUGCUACACUCCAUCUUGGAUGAGACGGUCCACGCUGUCAAUAUUGAAUGCACUCUGCAAGCACAGCAUCUGCUGGAUGGACUGAUAGAAGCUGCUGCUCAUGAAGUCGUCAACGAGGAAAAAAUAAGGCUACAGGCACUUGCUUUCCAGCGUGAAGAAGAGCUUGCAAAACAGGGAUGUCUUGUCGGAGCGCAACUUCACGACCAGGUCUCUCGUCUUUUGCUCGAGAUUGUGGACAGCGCUACCAAUUCAGCUUCUGCGCUUCAUCCAGGCACUGUCACAUCAGAUGCCAUCAAAGCUACGUCUACGAUUGUAGAGGCUAAACCUUGCUCGGCAGCGGAAGAGACAGUCAAAGAGCCGGACUCUGUCAAGCCCCUUAGAUCAGAACCUGCAUCAAAGAGCAAGAUUAGGCCAGGCCUUGCAGAUGCCUGGGUCAAGCGCUGUCUUGGUUCCUCAUCAUCGUCUCAAGUCCUCUUUACACCAAAGAAACGACUGCGAAUUGAUAAGUUGCCGCCAAAGAAGCGCAUCAAAUCUCUGCAAGCACCGGUGUUGAGCAUCAAGCCUGUAUCAGACGACCCUCCUCCUCCCUCGAGUCAGUGCAUCAAAGAAAAAUCCUCUGCGCAAGACGACCCUUGCAUAAUUGCGUCAGUCUCUGAAGAGCUGGAUAGACUUUUGGAUCUUGCAGCAGUCGUAGGGGAAGAGUCUACAGCCAUGCAACUCAGGUGGAAUGAAGCCAUGCAGGAUGCUCUACCAGCGCGCAAACAGAAGCGUAAGCAGCUCAAAUUACAUCAGUCUGUGGCACAAGUUGUGGUUGCACCUCCUAUCGUCAAGUCGCUUGUUGAAGCAAAGAGCACUAUUGCAAUUCCAAAGAACAGUACUGAAGCACCCUCAUCAGACUAUCUGCUCACAGACAUGUUCUCGGAUGGUGAAAGCUCAAAACCUGUGGAGCCUCUCAAGAAGCGCCGAAAGUUCUGUGCACCGUCCGCAAAGCCAAUCUGUUCUGCUGGGUUGGCAAUCACCUCGGCGCAUGAGGUGGAGUUGGAUGGAAAGAGCAUGUCUACAAUCAAGAACGAGGAUAAUCCCGAAUACCGCUCUACACAAAUGCCUCGUGAAGAGUGCGGCACGUCAACGAGCCUGACGAAUUCUCUCAUCAAGGACGCUCCCAAGAAACGCCCAAAAGCUGGGAUUGUACUGCCAGUGACAAAACAAGUCAGAGCUGUCAAUGCGGCACCGAGCACAAUCGACCAUCAGAGUACUGCUCUUGUCAAACCUAGUGCUGGCGGGGGCGGCUGGGAAACGGCAGCUGGCAAGAAGCUUGUGAUUCAACGAGAUCCCGCGCUCGCCGCCGAGUGGGAACAAGCCAAGGGAUCACAGCUGACAGCUGAAGCCCAGGAUGCAAAGGAAAUACAGCGACUCAACAUGGAAGUGUCACAAUUGCAGCGCCAACUGGCUCAGAUCAAUGAAGAUGUCAAGACAUGCGAACGUGCUAGUGCAAUGUUGGAGGCAGCAGAAGAAGACAAGGUGCUCAAAGCGACGCAAAAAUGGCGUAUGGUCUGUCAACUUGCAUGUGACGAAAUGCUAGGCAGUGUCUUGCACAAGAUUGAAGCUGCUGGUGGCUUUGUAGCCUGGCGAGAGCAACUGGCCCAUGGCAAUACAUUUGGUGGGAGUUGGGGAUGGCAAGAAGUGACGAGGGUGGAAGAAUAUCCAAUGGAUGCUGAAGACAAGGCUGCCUUUGGUAUUGAAGAAUGCUUCUCGAUGGAGAUGCUCCUUGCACAAUUUGGUGUCAAGCCUGAGCUUGUUGGAUGGGACUGCGACCUUCUCAGGUGGCAGUCGGAGUGUUUGUGA